AUGCUUAUUUUAUUAUAUUUCAAUAGAGAAGAUAUUACUUCAGGAAAUUCUGAAUGGAUUGAAGAAGCUCGUUUAGACGGUCAUACCGAUUGGGUACGUGAUGUUGCUUGGUGUCCAAGUUUAAAUAUUUCACGACAAUUAAUUGCUUCAUGUGGUCAAGAUGGUCGAUUAAUCAUUUGGCAAUCCACAUCAACUAAUGAUAAUAAUGAUAAUCGUAUAAUGAUGAAUACACCAACAGCAACAACACCAACUAUAAACAAUAAUAACAAUAAUAAUAAUAAUAGUAACAAUAUCAAUAAUAAUAAUAAUAAUCCUAAUUCAAAUGAAUUAUUAGAAACAAAAGAUUUUCAACCUACACAAUAUUCUACAUUUUGGCGUCCAACCAUUCUAUAUACCUAUUCAGAUGUUGUAUGGAAUGUUUCAUGGUCUGUAACUGGGAAUAUUUUAGCCGUGUCUGGAGGAGAUAAUAAAGUUACACUUUGGAAAGAAAAUUUAGAAGGAACAUGGAUUGCUUUAAGUGAAAUAGCACGUGGUGGUCAUGGUAAAUCUAGUUUAAUUGGAACUGAAGCACAUAGUCAGACAUCUAAUCAAUCGACCACACAAUUAACUGCUACUUAAAACUCAAUUAAAUAUGAUCUUCUCUCUCCCUGUGCAUGUGUGUGUUUGGAUGUGUGAAUGUUGUAUAUGUAUUUGUGUGUCAAUACUAGUUUUUCUUUUGUUGUCCUGUAUACAACUCACUGGUUUACAAAGUAUUUUUUGAUUUAUAUUGUAAUCUACUCAUUCUGGGUGUUUGUUUCGCGUUCUGUAUGAAUGAGGCUGAUCCGGUAUUAUAUAUACAUAAGGUUAGGUGUUUGCUGCCAACAUUUAUUUCUGUAAUUGGUUUUGUUCACUAUGUAAAAUUCUUUUGACAAUAUUCACGACCACUUCUUCUAUAGUUACCUAUCUUUUAAAGUGAAUAAAUAUUCAUCUUUUUUUUUAGAAAAAAAAGGAAAUUUUCUAAUUUAUUUUAAAUUAAUUAAAUGUUUCUUUCAAACAAAUGUUGUUCCACUUCUUUUUUUUUAUUUCUCAUCUUGAAAUUUAUCAUCUGCUUUAAUUGAAUUUCUUCUUUCUUUUCUUUUUUCUAAAUAGCUUAUUAAAUAUAUUUGUUUUUACCUUAGAAAAUAACUCUAAUCAACUUGUAAUCAAAUGAAAUGAAAGUGAACACUAUAUAUAUAUAUAUAUA